GAAUUUGCCGCACUGACAAAAGAAUUAAAUGCAUGCAGGGAACAGCUGCUUGAAAAAGAGGAGGAGAUUUCAGAACUGAAAGCAGAAAGAAACAACACAAGACUGUUACUGGAACAUUUGGAGUGCCUUGUCUCAAGACACGAGAGGUCACUGAGGAUGACAGUGGUGAAACGGCAAGCACAAUCUCCCUCAGGAGUUUCCAGUGAAGUUGAGGUCCUCAAAGCUCUGAAAUCUCUGUUUGAGCACCACAAGGCUUUGGAUGAAAAGGUAAGGGAACGACUGAGGGUUUCUUUAGAAAGAGUCUCUGCACUGGAAGAAGAACUAGCUGCUGCUAACCAGGAGAUUGUAGCUUUGCGUGAACAAAAUGCACACAUUCAGAGGAAAAUGGCAGCUGGUGAAGGGCCUGCCGAAUCAGAGCAUAUUGAAGGAAUGGAGCCAGGGCAAAAGGUUCAUGAAAAGGUAUAAAUGCUAGUCCUCAUUGAAUCACACAAU